GACUCCAUAACUCAGAAGACCACAGGUCUGAUGCGAAUGCAGUUCUGGAGGGAGGCUGUGGAAGAUAUUUACUCUGAUAACCCACCACAUCAGCCAGUUGCUGCAGAGCUGUGGAAGGCUGUCAAGAGGCAUAAACUGACUAAAAUGUGGUUCAUGAAGAUCAUUGAUGAAAGAGAGAAGAAUUUGGAUGAUAGAGCCUACAGGAACAUCCAGGAGCUUGAAGCAUAUGCUGAGAACACUCAGAGUGCUCUCUUGUACCUCACCUUGGAAAUGCUGGGUGUGAGGGAUGUCCAUGCUGACCAUGCAGCCAGUCACAUUGGGAAAGCUCAAGGCAUAGUUACCUGUUUAAGAGCAACUCCAUAUCACAGCACAAGACAAAAGGUCUUUCUUCCCCUGGACAUUUGUAUGUUGCAUGGAGUUUCACAAGAGGAUUUCAUAAGAGGCAAGCAAGAGCAAAAUGUGAGAGAUGUAAUUUAUGACAUUGCCAGCCAGGCCCAUAUUCAUCUAGAACAUGUUGCUUUAGAUGAUUAUUUAUCUAAAUUACGAAAAGUGGACUUCAGUAUAUUUCAUCCAAGCUUACAAAAGAAGAAUACAUUAUUACCAUUGCAUUUGUAUAUUAGAUCUUGGAAAAAAAGGUAUUAA